AUGGCUGAAACACCAAAGGAGAUUCCGCCGGAUGAAGCACCGCUACGAGCGGCGAUGGGGGAGGUUCAGGAAGAUGUCGCGCAUAACACGGAGGGCGAUGAGGAGAGUACCGCAAAUUGUAUUCGGACGGAACUAGGCGAAAUGAAUGAAAUUGAAUCCCGGUGCCCGCGGUGCGGAGGGAACGGGACCACGCGCCUCAUGAUUACGAACAUACCCCACUUUAAAGAGGUGAUCGUCAGCAGUUUUGAAUGUCCUCACUGUGGUGAGCGAAAUAACGAAGUUACAUUUGGAGGUGAGUUUGGACCAAAAUCAGUGCGGUACGAACUAGAGGUGAAAUCAAAGAAGGAUUUGGAUCGUCAGGUUGUAAAGUCAGAGUACGCAACAAUUCGUAUACCUGAGUUGGAUCUGGAAAUACCUCGGGAGUCGCAACGAGGUGUGCUUAACACUGUCGAGGGGUUUCUGGAGCAAACGGAGUCUGGUUUACAGCUUCAGCAACCACUUCGUCGAAUACAGCAUCCCGAAUUGUAUGAGAAACUUGAGACCUUCUGUGAGAAGGUCCGACAAUAUCGCACUGGAGAUGUGCCCUUUACAUUCAUCAUUGAUGACCCCGCAGGUAACAGUUACGUCGAGGCUUACUAUGAUUACUACCACCCAACCAUUGAUCCUCAAUUGACACGGUAUGAAAAGGAGCGGACGAACAUUGACCGUCAACUUCUCGGGUUAACAAUUGAAUACAAUACGCAGAGAACGGAUGCGGAGCAGCGUGAGGUGCAGGAGGGGCAAUUUGAUGACGUAGUACGUAUGGAAACAGAGUGCAGUGCAUGCAAAAAACCUGGAUUCAUAAAUAUUCAGCAGGUUAAUAUCCCAUAUUUCAAGGAAACCGUCAUUAUGGCGUUCCGUUGUGAUUUCUGCGGUUACAAGAGUAACGAAGUGAAAUCUGGUGGUGCAGUAGCAGAGAAGGGACUUAAAAUAACACUUGAAGUGAAGUCGGAGAGCGAUCUGAAGCGUGAUGUCCUCAAAUCCGACAGCACAACAUUGUUGAUCCCCGAAGUCGCGCUAGAGUUGGCCCCUGGAACGCUUGGCGGCUUCUUUUCAACAGUUGAGGGAACACUCAUGAUGGUGCGUGACCAGCUGAAAAGUUUACCACAGGCGCAAUUUGCUAAAGGUGAUGCGGCGGCUACCGAUCCGGAGGCUAAAACGCUAACUACCUUCGUAAAAGAACUUGAGCAUCUGUUGGAGCUGAAGAGGCCUUUCACAUUCAUUCUCGACGACCCGUUGGCGAACGUUUACAUUCAAAACCCCCGUGAGCAUCUGCCACCACCGGAGAAUGAAGACCCGCAGUUGACAAAAACAUAUUAUACCCGUACUUUCGAACAGGACGAAGAACUUGGCUUCCAUCAGAUGAAUGUCAACUAG